AUGCUUAUUAUAACAAUUAUUUUUAUUGUAUCUAUUAUACUCCCAACUCUUGUAUUUUCCCUAUCACUACUACUCUUUCAUCGAAUAAAUUUAGACCGUAAUAAAAUAUCCCCAUUUGAAUGUGGAUUUAAUCCAAAUAAUCAAACCCGUUUACCUUUUUCAACACGCUUUUUUUUACUAGCUAUUAUCUUUAUUGUAUUCGAUAUUGAAGUAGUGUUAUUAAUACCAUUUCCAAUUCUAAUAGCAACAUCACUUUCAUUCCAGCAUAUUAUAAUUUUUCUGUUAUUUUUACUAAUUCUUCUACUCGAGCUAAUCCAUGAAUGA